AUGUCAGUGGAUCCAAGAGGAGAGGAAGGCCAGAUCGCAUAUGGGCAACCCAUUCGCAACUGCUACGUUCCUAAAACUAUUGCCCUUACAUAUGACGAUGGUCCAUCACAAAACACCGAUGAGCUGCUGGAUAUUCUCGACGAAGCUGGUGCAAAGGCAACCUUCUUCAUUACAGGGAAUAGCAACGGCAAAGGUCCCAUCGACACGACGCGCAAGUGGACGGAUGUGAUCAAGCGUAUGGUCCUGGAGGGGCACCAAAUUGCCUCCCACACUUGGUCUCAUGAUAACAUGGACGAGAUGGGGUCACAAGCUCGCCGGCUCGACAUGGCUCAGAACGAGAGGGCACUCGCCAACAUCUUAGGCAAAUAUCCGGCAUACAUGCGGCCGCCUUACCUCCAAUGCAGCAACCACACCGGUUGUCUUAGCGACAUGAGAGACCUUGGAUACCAUGUAAUUUCGUAUGCGUUCGACAGCGGGGACUGGAUGGAUCCUGACAAUUUCACUGCAAUGACAGAGAGGGUUGACCAGGCGUUAGAGAGCGGAGAUGAGCAAGGAAGCAGGAUGCUGCUGAUCCAGCACGAUACAGUCCGCACGUCAGCCAUCGACCUUACCAAAUAUAUCCUGGACGUGGUCUCCCAAAGAGGAUGGAAAGCUGUUACUGUCGGAGAGUGUCUUGAUGACAAUCCCGAACGGUGGUAUCGGGAUCCGGCUUGGAUCAGCGUUGGCUCAAGGUCGGAGGGAGGCUGCAUUGUUUCGGGCAGGAACUCCUGUGCGAAAGUCGAAAGAUUUACCAACAAGGUCGAAUGCUUCGGAAGCAAUGCUCAAUGCGAGCAAGAUGCGUUGGAAUGCACGAACUCGAGCAGGACAGACAAGACAACCUGCGAGAAAUUGGAAACGAUCUGCAGCAUGCAAUUCCUCUUCUGCUCGACCUGUGGACAAGCUGAGCUCCCUUGUGAGAUCGAGAAAUUCUACGUCGACAAGCAAGCGUGA